AUGGGCAAGACAAGCAUAAGUCCAAUCUCUCUAAUCAUAUUUAGUUACAUUGGGCGAAGAGGAGCAAAAAGAGUGAUGGCUGGGGCAUUCAAAAAGUGCAUGAUGCUGUGUUGUACUAGCAAGAUUGUCUCGAAGGAAGACAUGGCUGCAGAAUCAUACGAUGAAACCAUCGCAUCGCUGACCAAGCUUAUCCAGGAGAAAGUUGAGCUAGGCAGCAUCGCGGCCGUUAGGAUCAGGGAGCUCACGGCGGAGUUAGAGGCAACCGCUGCAAAACCGUUUAACCCGGAUGAGAGGAUCCGAUCCGGCUUCAUUCAAUUCAAAACUGAGAAAUUCGAAAAAAAUCCUGAUCUGUACAGUGAACUUGCCAAAGGUCAGAGUCCAAAGUUUAUGGUGUUUGCUUGCUCAGAUUCAAGGGUUUGUCCUUCCCACAUUUUGGAUUUCCAACCAGGUGAAGCUUUUGUGGUCAGAAACAUCGCCAACAUGGUUCCACCAUAUGACAAGACCAAGUAUUCGGGAGCAGGGGCGGCCAUUGAAUAUGCUGUACUACAUUUAAAGGUGGAGAAUAUUGUAGUAAUUGGACACAGCUGCUGUGGAGGUAUCAAGGGUCUCAUGUCUAUCCCAGAUGAUGGCACCAUCGCAAGUGACUUCAUAGAAAAUUGGGUCCAAAUAUGUAAUCCAGCAAAGUCCAAGAUUAAAACAGAUACAAGCAGCUUAAGCUUCGCAGAGCAGUGUACAAACUGUGAAAAGGAAGCUGUGAAUGUAUCUCUUGGAAACUUAUUGACCUAUUCAUUUGUGAGAGAAGCUGUUCUGAAGAAAACACUUGCUUUGAAAGGAGCACAUUACAAUUUUGUUAAUGGCACUUUUGAGCUGUGGGAUUUGAACUACAAUGUUUUGCCCUCUCUGGCCGUUUAA